CUUGACGUCUACUGAUCAUUCAGACCUGGUAGAUGACUUGCAGAAUGGAAGUCUCAGAGGGCUUGUUCUGGGGCUGUGCUGUUUGCACCCUGGCCACAGCUUUAUACGUAUGGCUGUGGGGACAGGGAGGGGGUUGCCUUGCUGGGUUGGGGGCUGCAGCCACGUUGGCCCUAGAAGGUCAGCUGUACAAUGGGGGCUUCCACGGCGUCUUUGGAGUGCUUACUAUGUGCUGUUGCUUUGGUGUACACCAUCUUAUUCGGGAACGAAGCGAUGAGUUUUUGCCCAUGCAUGGAAAAUCGGUGUUGAUAACAGGCUGCGAUACAGGUUUCGGCCAUGCACUGGCCAAGGAGCUCAGCGACAGGGGGGUACAGGUGUUUGCUGGUGUGCUGGAUGAGCACGGUUCUGGGGCCCAGGAGCUGAAGAAGCAUGGGUCCCACCGUCUGGAGGUGCUACAGCUGGAUGUGACGGACCACUCUCAGGUGGACCGGGCGCUCCGGCACGUAACGGCAGCUCAGCUGGGGGAGGGAGGUCUCUGGGGUCUGGUAAAUAACGCAGGCGUCCUUUGCUGUUUGGCUGAUGCCGAGAUUCUGCCCUUCACAACCUUCAGAAGAUGCAUGGAGGUCAACUACCUGUCUGCUGUCUACCUGUGUCAGGUGUUCCUUCCUUUGCUUCGGAGAUCGAAGGGCAGGAUAGUCAAUGUCACCAGCAUGGGAGGUGAGGUGCCCUUCUGCUUCUUCUCUGCCUAUGGAGCCUCAAAGGCAGCUCUUGGUUGCUUUUCCAGAGUGCUGAGAAUGGAGCUGGCUGCUUGGGGUGUAAAAGUGGUUGUCAUUCAACCUGCAGGCUUCAGAACGAACAUCUUCAAAGGCUGUGAAGAAAGUAAAAAGAAAAUUCUCCAAAAUCUACCGUCAGUUAUCUGCAGAGACUAUGGGGAGACGUACGUUUGCUCCAUGCAAGACUGCCUCUCCAAAGUGGGCCAACAGUCGCCAGAGGACCUGCGACCCGUGCUGAACGACAUGUGCCACGCACUCAUGGCUCCAUCCCCCAAGGCCCGCUACACCCCGGGACAGAUGGCCUGGCUGCUACCCCUCCUCUACCACCUCUGUCCCACGGUCAUCUCCGACAAGCUCCUUAAAGGCCACAAGUUUGUUGACUGUGAGCCAGCAGGUUUAAGUCCAAAAGCUGGUUCCGAGUUGACUCGGACUUAGUAGUGGGAUUUGUGGGAGCAAGU